GACUGAGUGGGCGGGGCCGCAUGGCGUCAGCGCAAAGAUGGCGGCUUCUGCGGCGCUGUUCUCACGCUUGCGGAGCGGGCUCUUGCUCCGCGCGCGGGGGUUGUGCACGAGGCUGGCGACACCGCCCCCCCGGGCCUCAGAACAGGCUGCAGAGAUCGGAAGCCGUGGGGGUGCUAAGGCCCAGGGGUCACAGCAGCAGUCAGGCUCAGAAGGUCCCAGCUACGCUAAAAAAGUUGCACUCUGGCUUGCUGGUUUGCUGGGGGCCGGUGGAACCGUGAGCAUCGUCUAUAUUUUUGGAAACAACCCUGUGGAUGAAACCGGUGCCAAGAUUCCGGAUGAAUUCGACAGUGAUCCAAUUCUGGUACAGCAAUUGCGCCGAACAUACAAAUAUUUCAAAGAUUAUAGACAGAUGAUCAUUGAGCCCACAAGCCCUUGCCUUCUCCCAGACCCUCUGCAGGAGCCGUACUACCAGCCCCCCUACACGCUUGUCCUGGAGCUCACUGGUGUCCUCUUGCACCCUGAGUGGUCGCUGGCCACUGGCUGGAGAUUUAAGAAGCGCCCAGGCAUCGAGACCUUGUUCCAGCAGCUUGCCCCUUUAUAUGAAAUCGUCAUCUUUACUUCGGAGACUGGCAUGACUGCAUUUCCACUCAUCGAUAGUGUAGACCCUCACGGCUUCAUCUCCUACCGCCUGUUCCGGGAUGCCACGAGAUACAUGGAUGGGCACCAUGUUAAGGACAUUUCGUGUCUGAAUCGGGACCCGGCCCGUGUGGUCAUUGUGGACUGCAAGAAAGAAGCCUUCCGCUUACAGCCCUACAAUGGUGUUGCCCUGCGGCCCUGGGAUGGCAACUCCGAUGACCGGGUCUUGUUGGACCUGUCUGCCUUCCUGAAGACCAUUGCACUGAACCAAGUGGAGGACGUCCGAACUGUGUUGGAGCACUACGCCCUGGAGGAUGACCCGCUGGAGGCUUUCAAACAGCGACAGAGCCAGCUUGAGCAGGAGGAGCAGCAGCGCCUGGCCGAGCUCUCCAAGUCCAACAAGCAGAACCUCUUCUUCAGCUCCCUCACCAGCCGCUUGUGGCCUCGCUCUAAACAGCCCUGACCGCUGGGCCUCCUCAAACUCAGUGCCUGGGUCCCCCGGGGCCCCAGGGCUCCCAGACCAAGGGUGGGGCAGCCACAGGUCCAAUAAAGUGCAUCCCAGAUGUCACA